UCCAAAGUCCAAAUGAUAUUUUUUUUUUUCUUUCCAUUUUUCCCAAAUCUUCCCGAUUGCCUUUCCCCAAUCUCUCCUGUCUCUGGUUCUCCUGGACGCGCCGUCGAACACUCAUCCACAACCCGCAAGGAUACGUAUAAAGUUCCAUUAUUUCUGUCCGACAAACGGCACAAAAUCCGUCUCUCGCCCUUCAGUGCUAUACUCCACAGCAUUGUUUAUGCGUGUGUGCUGGGCUCUUUCUCCAGGAAGAAGCUGAAACCUAACAUUGGAAUGUCACAGUACCGCCCAAAGUAUUGGUUUGGAGAAUAUUUGGGGUAAAGCUCGGUUCUUGUUUUGUGUGUGAGUUUUUGAUAAUGGAGUCUAGUGUUGUGGCGGGGAGCAGUAAUUUGGAGCCUCGGGAUGAUAUGGAGUUUGAUUCUCACGAGGCAGCCUAUGAAUUCUAUAAAGAAUAUGCCAAAUCUGUGGGAUUUGGCACUGCCAAAUUGAGUAGUCGGCGCUCUAGGGCGUCUAAAGAAUUCAUUGAUGCUAAGUUUUCUUGCAUAAGAUAUGGUAAUAAACAGCAGUCUGAUGAUGCUAUUAACCCUAGGCCUUCCCCCAAGAUAGGAUGUAAGGCUAGCAUGCAUGUGAAGAGAAGGCAGAAUGGGAAGUGGUACAUUCAUAGUUUUGUGAAGGAGCACAAUCAUGACCUUUUGCCGGCUCAGGUGCAUCUUUUUCGGAGCCACAGGAAUGGUGAUCCUCUCAAGAAUGACCCCAAAAUAAGGAGGAAAAAAGCUCUAGCUGCUGUGUCAAAUCACUAUGGUGGUACCUAUCAGUUUUCUAGUUGUUUGGAGAAUGUCUUUAGGAGUCAGCAUGAUAGGGGUCGUAAUUUGGCUUUAGAAGAAGGAGAUGCUCAGAUGUUGCUCGAACUUUUUGUGCAUAUGCAGGAAGAGAAUCCGGAAUUCUUUUAUGCCAUAGACUUGAAUGAGGAGCAUCGGCUGAGGAAUGUGUUCUGGGUUGAUGCCAAAGGCAUGAAGGAUUAUGCCAACUUCGGUGAUGUGGUCUCGCUUGAUAUUUCAUAUUUCUCGAACAAGUAUAAGAUACCUUUGGUCUUCUUCGUUGGUGCAAACAAUCACAUUCAGCCAACAUUACUCGGAUGUGCAUUGAUUGUAGAUGAAUCGGUGCAUACAUUUCUUUGGUUGCUUCGAACAUGGUGCUUGGCAAUGGGUGGACGAGGCCCAAGGGUGUUGCUCACUGACCAAAAUAAUGCCAUUAAAGCAGCCGUUUCAGCAGUUCUUCCCAACACUCAUCACUACUUUAGUUUGUGGUGUAUCUUGGAGAAGAUCCCAAGGUAUCUUGAUUACCUUAGUUUAUGGCAUGAUCCUUUCAUCGCAAAAUUCAGAAAAUGCAUACAUAUGUCAUGGACUGAAGAACAGUUUGAAAAGAGGUGGUGGAAAUUGCUUGACAGAUUUAAUCUUAGGGAAGAUGAAUGGAUACAGUCAUUGCAUGAAGAUCGCAAACGCUGGGUGCCUACUUUUAUAAGGGACGUCUCUUUUGCUGGCUUAUCUACUGCUUCAAGAGCUGAAAGUAUGAAUUCUUUAUUGGAUAAGUAUAUCAAUGGUGAAACUUCUUUAAGAGAAUUUAUAGGAAAAUAUAAGCUAAUCUUGGAGGACCGAUAUGAAGAGGAAGCCAAAGCAAACUUUGAUGCAUGGCAUGAAACCGCUGAGUUGAAAUCUCCAUCUCCUUUUGAGAAACAGCUGUCUCUAAUAUAUACACAUGAAAUAUUUAAGAAAUUUCAAGUUGAAGUAUUGGGAGUAGCUGCAUGUCAUCUUAGAAAAGAAAAAGAUGACACAACAAUGACAUAUGCCGUUAAAGACAUUGAAAAUGAUCAGGAUUUCAUGGUCGAAUGGACUGAAUCAAAGUCGGAAAUAUUCUGCUCAUGCCAUUUAUUUGAAUAUAAAGGUUUUCUUUGUAGGCAUGCUAUUGUGGUUCUCCAAAUGUCUGGGGUCUUCAGAAUUCCAAUUAAAUAUAUCCUACAACGUUGGAGCAAUAUUGCUAAAAGCAGGCUUCCCAUUAGUGAAAGAUUGGAUGAGGUACAAGCUAAGGUUCGUUGUUACAAUGACCUUUGCAGGCGAGCCAUAAUAUUAGGCGAAGAAGGGUCACUAUCACAGGAGAGUUACAAUAUUGCAGUUAGCGCUAUUAAAGAAGCUAUCAGACAGUGUGCAACUGUGAAUGGUCCUAUCCAGACGGACUUAAGACCACCACCUGGCAUGCCUGCGACCCUUGCAAUCCAGGGUGUUGAAGAAGCAAAUCACAGAAGCACAGCUGUAGCUAGAGAGCAGGUGUCUAAUAUUAAAGUGACACAAACAAGUAGGGGGUCAAAAAGAGUAGAUUCUGGGAACGAAAAGGAAAGUAAUGAAAGCUGUGCUAAUAAAAAGGGGAAGGUGCCUUUGGAACCAGAAGUCACAAAUCUCGGGACACAAGGAGUCUUUCAUCAAAUGGAUAUGCCUGGUAGCCUGGAUUAUCCAACCUACUACCCAAGGUUUCUUACAACAUUGCUGAGGGGUGGUGAGAUUAAUAAAAGGAAUGUGGAAUUGCUUGGUGAGAUGUUGGAGGAACAGAGUUGAAGCAUGCACAAUCAUGGAUCUUGAUAAAUCAAGGUUUUAGGGCCUUUCCUCUCCAGAAUAAAGAAGACAGAAGGAAUCUGCAAGUAAAUGGGGUCUAAGAGGAGAAAUUGUUGCCAACUUGGGUACUGAUUUCAGAUUUUUUUUUUCCAACUGAUGUUACUCGAGAACUAACUAAUUUUUGUAUAGAAUGCUACUAAAUCAUACCCGAAGAACUUGUAGACUUGUCUUCCAGACAGUAGCCAGUAAGGGUUGGAUCAUUGAUAUUCUAUUGACCCUACAUCAUUAUCAGCAGCCAAGAAUAUGCUAUUUUCUGCCAUAGUUAUGCAGAUGCGACAGCCUACCAAUCUAACUUUGCAUUUGCAUUGAAGUUGACGUUUUGAGAAAUCUUUUGAACUCAUUCUAAGCGCGAUGAAGAGGUUCAUCCUAAGUAGGUCUGCUGUCCUCCCCCGGAAGUUAUUUGUAUAUGCAUACAGAUCGAGAUUUGUUUGUUUGAUGCAUGUACAUCUGCUGUGGUUUUGUUUUAUAUGCAAAACAGGUAAAGAAGAAUGCUAUGUUGUAAAUGGAGCUGUGCAAAGCUCUUGACAUUGUAAUCUCUGUCUUGCCUAUUGUUCUGUGAAUUUGACUGAUUACAGUUGUUAAUGAAUCAAUUUACUCAGUAAACUUGUUUGGGGAAAAAAAAA